AUGAAACAGGUCACCCAGACAGAUGCGUACAUGCGCACGCCCCAAAAACAAUCGAGCAAAGGAGAGCACUGGAUGCAAGAUACCCAAUAUCCCUCCGCCCUCGAAGCCGCGACGUACGCGGUGACGAAGCUCGAGAACGACGCGCUUUUCAACUCGGGCCACGGCGCCGUCUUCACGCGCGAUGGCAUCAACGAGCUCGAGGCGUCCGUCAUGGUGUCGCGGGGUUUCGCGAAGCGCGGCGUCGGCGUGACAGGGCUGAAAAGGGUCAAGAACCCCAUCCUGCUGGCGAAGGCGAUGCUCGAGCACGGCGACAAAGACCUGGUGGGGAACACAGACCUAGGGUGGUCACGCGAGUCAAGCGGGACGGACUUGGAUGUGCCUUCGGCUCAGGGACACACGCUGGUGCACGGAGAGACGGCUGAGACGUUAGCCAGGAAAUAUGGUCGGGACCUGGUGGAGGCCGGUUACUUCUUCACCCAGAAGCGCUGGGACGAACACGUACGCGGCCUGGAGAAGGAGAAGGAGGGCAAGGGUACGGCGACGUGGAGUGCUGAGGCAUAUCUCCCUCAAGGCACCUGCGGCGCAGUCGCACUGGACGAGCACGGAGUCAUCUGUGUUGCGACAAGCACCGGCGGCAUGACAAACAAGCUAACUGGGCGCAUCGGAGACACGCCGGUUGUUGGCGCUGGUUUCUGGGCCGAGGAGUGGACCGAAGAUGGGGAUCCGGGCAUGUCGAGGGCUCGAUCAGUCCCAGACCCGUGGCGAAACCUGCAAGAAUACUUGAACAUCCCGGGACCGGUCGUGGAGCUGUCGUCGAGCCUGCGCGCCUUUCUUGCCGAUUGUCUGCCGUCACCCUUCACGUAUACCCCUAUCACACCCACCCAGCGGGGUUCUGCCCACUUGGACAAUAGUAUAAAAGACGAAGACGUGCGGGUGACGCGCUCGGUUGCCAUGUCGGGCACUGGCAAUGGGGACUCGUUCCUCCGGUUGGCCGCGACCAGGACCGUCGCUUCGAUCGCGCGCUGGAGCCGCAUGCCUGCGGUGAGCGCUCUGAACCGGAUUGCUGGACGAGGCGGGGAGCUAGAGAAGAGCGCUGGCGAUCGAUGGGGGAAGACUGGAGAAGGUGAGGGCGGCAUGAUCGGGAUAGAAUGCGUGGUGGGACGAGACGAGUCGGGGGCGGUACUCUAUACGAGGUCUGCUAUCCUGCAAGAUCAUAACUGCGCUGGAAUGUUUCGGGCGUGGGUCAACGAUGACGGACGAUCGGAGAUGAGGAUCUGGCACGUUGACGAGGAUCGAACGCGUGGAACAGAUGCGCGGUCGUUCGUGAGCGAGGAGAAAGGCGAGGUCGUCCUGGCGCAUGGGUGCAACUAG